AUGGCGCAAGUAUCCUCUCCGGCAGGCGCGACUGUCGCCCUCGUUGCCGGUGCGAUGACGCUCUGGCCCGUUCUCCGCGCGCGGAGAGAGAGGACCGGCGGUAUGAGUGCAAAGGGUAAAGUAGUCAUCGCCACGGGAGGGUUGAGUGGGCUGGGGAAAGAGAUUGCAGAGCUGUAUCGGGUCAAUGGCGCCCUUGUGGCCGUGCUAGACAUUGAUGAUGAGGUUGAUAUGCGUCAGUCACCCAUCGCAAUUGGUUUGGGGUAUUUCAAGUGCGAUAUAUCGGACCAGCAAGAGGUAGAGGCUAUCAUGAGCACAAUCCAGACCGACAUGGGAAGGCAGAAUGUUCUAAUGAAUUGCGCGGCCAUGUCCAUAAACCGACUCUCCUUUCACGACCUCCCAAUUGGCCUUUUCGCCAAGACUGUCAAUACAAACCUCCUUGGGCCGGCCCAUACCAUUUGA